GUGCAACGGUGGCUGGCUUCAACUAGAAGGCGGCGCUCGAGUUUGCGGUCGCAACGAACGUUUCGGUCAGCCGGUCGUCCUGUUUUCCGACAAACCAGCCCCGGUCCUUCACAUGCAAAUAAACGAGAACACCACGAGAUCCCAGUUUUUGGCGUACUUCAGCUUCUCGUCCAAAGCGAGCCUGUCCGUCGGUUGGCCGGUGAGAGGCGGAGAUCCAGUGAACAAUACUGAAUGCGACUGGGUGUACGAAGACACCGAGUGCCACAGCGGAUGCGUGCUAGCCAGCCCCGGAUAUCCUGGCCUAUAUCCUCCCAGCAUCCGAUGUCUGUACUUAAUUACUUCCAACUCGCAAAUGUCCAUCGCAAUUAACUUCACCUCUGUGCUUCUCCCGGAACAUCACUGCACCAGCCACUAUAUCGCUGUAUACUCGGGUCCGACUACGUCGAGUCCCCUUCUGAAGAAGCUUUGUGGCAAAAACGAAACGUCGUUGACGUACAAGGGGCGGAAGCUCUUGGUCGAGUUCAGAACCGGUCCUGAAGUACCGCCCUUUGCUUACAACGGCUUCGUCGCCAAUCUCAAUUUCAUAGAAAUUACAACGGAAACCCCAACGACGACGACGACAACGACCACGACGACUACGCCAACGACGACCACAGAAAACGUCGAUAAAAGUCUGAACACGAUGAAGUCAACCAGUUACAACACGCGCUACAGCAACCGGAACAGCUGCGACCUGGAGGUCAGCGGCGAGCUGGUACGGACGGGUCACCACGACACCAGGGGGAAGCUCAAGUACACGACGUGCCGGCUCGUGCUGCGCGGACGUGCUUACGACACAGGGCACGUAUCGUUGACCAGUUACAAUCUCAGCGCGCUGUCCUGCCAAUCGUCGAUCGAAAUAUACGACGGCCACCCCGAAGAAGGGAUGCUUGGCACCGCCAAAUCUCUCGAGAGAAUCUGCAGUCCUGCGCAGAGGCUUCCACGGGAAUUCGUGCAACAAGAUACGUACGCCGAGCCGAAAAGGUACUCGUCUAAUGGCAGAGAUAUGACGGUCGUGCUGAGACGGGCCACGAAUAGCCCCGCCGACGAGGAAUAUAUGGACGUUUCUUAUUACUUCCACAACGAACGCGAGGGUGGCACUCAACAACCGGCCAGUGUGUGCGACGUCGAAUAUUACGGAUUGACGUCACGAGUGAACGGUUCCGUAGUGCAUCCGGAGCCCCACCGAUUAUUCGCCAUGAAGGGGCCGAUAAAAUGCAGGCAGCACUUCAUCCCAGCGCGUAAUCAGUCGGUCAUCAUCCGCGUGGAGAGCAGCUCGGAACAGCGACCAAAUAACCCUUGCGAAACCAAGUGCGGGGACAGCGGCUGUCACUGCGUCAGCGGAGAGUCCCUGGAGAACAUGGACCGCCUUCUGCUCGUCUCUGAAACUGGCCACAUCGUCACUUGCCUCUGCGGAAAUUAUCAGGACUGGCUGCCCGUUGGUAUCCGUAGCUGGACACCAGUGUACAUCGAAUGGUCAAGGUUCUCCGAGGCAGGCCUCAAUUUCCGUGCGGCUUACGAGUUUAUCAACGACACUUACUGCGGCGAUCACAACACCAGCAAACCGGAAGGCGAGGUUAACGGCGGUGACCUAGCCAGCACCGGAUUAAAGCUCAAUCAGUAUUAUCAGCAGAAGUGCACGUGGAUCUUGAACUCCUUGACGGAUCGACAGCUCACCAUCGAAGUGAAAUCUACACAGAGCCGUCCGUGCACCGCCUGGAAUCUGACGAUACACGAAUACAGCAAAAACGGAGACCCGGCGGGGCCAAGAUUGCACACAUUCUGCUCGAGGGAUACGUACAAAAAUUUCACUCUCCCAUGGAAAAUGAACACCGUGGUAGUUAGAUUACAAGCUUUGGGGAGGACAGCCCCCGAGUACACCAUAAAAUGGAGGAGCGCAUCAGUAAUUGCGAACACGCACAAGAGCGCGCCAUCGCCGUCAUCGAAUCAUGUGCUCAGUUCCUCGACCGGAAGUGGAGAGCAUAGAACACAGAUCCUAAUGCUCGCCACAGUAUUUCUAACUUACGUGGCCGUUUGUUGAGUGAACGAACUCCACACAUUGUGCCCGUACACGUUCCUGUUUAAUGAGAAACUAUACGAACGAGCCUAAGGAUUCCCUUGGAUAUGUAAAUAACAACGUUCAAAUGAUACGUUGAUGCUCGUGUUUUUAUACUAUUAUUAAGCUACAUAUAUUGUCCUGAAAAACGAAUAAUCAAAGUUCAAAGAAUUAAAUAACCGUAAUGAUCAAUCGGGAUGAAGCGUUAAGAGUCAAAGAAUCAAUUAUGAAUUAUAUCGCUACCGACACGUCUAUAAAAUUAUAAUUAUUAUAUAUAAUGUUCUUUCUUUAUUGAUGCAACAUUAACUAUUUGCUAGAAAUCACUAAAAAAUUUGUUUUAUACCAUAGAAUGAACUAAUUUCUGAAGUAAAUAUUGUGUUUGAAAUUGUUUCAAACGGACAUUGACCAGAUUUAAAAGAUCUGAUUUUUAAAAUUAUUUCCAGUAAAACCUAUAUUAAAUGUAAUAAAGAAGUAGGCACAAUUGGUAACUUUAACUACAUUUCCCUAGAUUUUAUUCAAACACGAGCAUCGAACACCGGAGGGAAAUAAGAAUUCAAAAAUAAUUCGGUUAAGGCCUCCAUAAGAUAUUCACAGAUUGUGGAUGAUUCGGUUACGAUAGAAAUGUGAUCAACGUUGUAGUAAUUAUUGAAAUACGUCGAUCAAAAUAAAAGAAGCACGGUAUCGUCGAUAGAAUCGACACUGAAUCGGCGUCAACCUGAAUUUUGGAAUUCAAUAAACUAGUCGAACUAUAUAUAUAAAUAUAUAAAUAUAUGAAUUACGGAUAAAAUCGAGAAGAGAUAUAUAUAUACUACGAAUCACUCGGUGUAUACCACUCGUUUUAGCUAUAAGAUUCAAAUAGACCAUGUACAUAUUAUACAUACGUACGCAUAUACAUAAACCUGCACGCCGGGUGAAACGUCUGUAAGGAAAAACAUAAAUGUGUCUGUUACUUCGUAAAUAGUGACAAUCUUCCUAAAACACAGAGGUACAUAAGACCACAGUCCACAAGCAUUAACACUUUGCAAAUUACCUCUAUGUUUCCUCUAUCCUACAAUUUAAAAGAAACAACGAUUAAUGUCAAUAAACAUCAAGUAAAGAUUAUUUUAUAUGUGCAUAAGUUGUCCGCAUAAAUUCUGACGAGAAAUUUUCUUAACUUAAUGUUAUAAAUUUUGACGAGAAACUCGAUUCAUUGUUUUUAUAGUUUCAAUAAUGAUGUUUCAGAAUAACGAUAGUAUUUUCGUUCUCUUUGAAAAUCUAAGAGUAAAAGAGCAAGCACGCAUAAACCGAGGCAGACACAUGUCGUGCAAUCUCUUCCAGACGUCUCGGUCUGCGCACGCAUAUAAAUAUAAAUAUAGCGAGUAAAAUCGAAGAGGGAAGAAAACGAAAGAAAAAACGCGAUGCACGGAUUUGAAGUAGCGAGAAACCACACGUCACCUCUCUCAUGCAAAUGCCAAAGUAAACGUGGAAGAAGUUAUAUUAUGACACAUAGUCUCUUGUACAUACUGAUGGUAGAGGAAUGUAGGAUUUGUACAGAGUAUCACGAGCUACUGUUAAGUUGUCGAAGUUCAUUGUAAAUUAUAUGAUAAUUUAUUGUACACGAGGGACGGUUCCGUGAAUGGAGACAGAUUGUAUUUUAACGAACGAGCUUCGAGUGCCAUUCCAGUGCAUUUCUCGACUAAUUGUUACCGCGUACCGGUGAAAGUCCAGAGAUGGCUCUUCUUCCGCGAAAGAAACGUUUGCUGAUAGGGAGAAGUUAUAUAUUAAAAAAAAAGAGAACAGUGAACGAAGUAAUAAUUGUUAUACGACACACGAAAGAACGAGAAAAGAAGGGAAUCUCUCGCGACAAGAAGAUAUAUCGAUCGACUUCCGGUUACGCGAUUGAUUGUUAGACUAAGCCGAAAGUAAGAGUUAGAACGUGAAUGUUUGAUGUACGUAUCGACCGAAGCAACAUUAAAUUAGCGACAAGCGAAAUAAUUGAACUACUCGAAGAACCAUCCACCGAUGUAAACGAUUCCAUCGGAUUCUGUAAUUUUGUAACAUGAUCGCCGCAAUUAUUUGUACACCGUAUUAGAAAUAAUUUUCUUCGUUCCAAAUGUUUCUCUUGAGCAAGAUGUUACAUUUUGCAUGCCAUUUGUUCAGUGCGUUCCUUUUGUAUCGUACGAUCAGAUCGCGUGCAACGAGCAUCCAAUGAAGAGUAAUUUCUCCGUUAUCAUAAAUUCAGUUUAAAUGAGGUUCUUUUUUAAUAAAUGAAUGAGAAAAUACAUUUUGAAUAAUACUUCCUGUGUUACUGCACUUUUUUUAUUGAAAAAUGGAAAAAAGUUUUCAAAUGUUUACCUGAGUUUCUCAACUUAAUUUUAAGAGAGUAUCUCAUAGUUAAGAUUAUUACUCUUAUUUCAUUUAUUAAGCGAUCUUAUUUAAACUCAAAAUAUGAAGAAGAUUAAGCACCAUUCUGCUGCAAUGUAACGCAGUUCUGUUGAAAGACUUUGAUGCCUGUUAAGAGGGACUCGUGUAACACGGGAUCAACUGAAUCAUUACGAACCUUCGAUAAUAUUAAUAACACUGUUUUUAGUGUUUAAUAUCUCCGUGAAACGUUUCUAUCUCAUUCCUACCAAAGAUUUUGUUUUUAUACCAGAAUUAUUUUUAUUAUAAUAUCCAUUGAAAACAGCUUUAAAUUCAUACAUUUAAUUUAGUCUUAAUUUAUACUAGCGAAUAGAAAGACUGACUUACCCCAUUGUAAUUUACACCCUGCGAGAAGGCUGGUAAUGAUCGAAAGAUUAAAGAAAAAAGAUCGAAGUCUAACUUCGUCGGAAGUUAAAGAUAUUAAAGUUUGUAUGAUAAGCGAACAGCUCGGAUGUUCGCGAGCCACUUUUCUGCAACCUCGUCGAAACAGAGUUGAAAGUCACGAUGUAAUUAAUUGCGCCGUAUUGAAUGGAAGGUGACACGCUAUUGAAUAGGAGAAAAUGGAAAAAAAGUAUAUAAUUGAAAAGUUGCACGUCUUUUAAUAAUUGUAACUGUCGUCACCCGGAGACAUGUGCACUCAAUAACUUGUGUUCCAAAUCGGUGAACUGUUUCUCGAAAUGCUAUCGUUAGUUUCAAGAGAAGGCGAUAAUGUUAAAUGCGAAUACGAGGCAUUCUUUCUCACAUCGCUCGACGAAGUAUAAUUCACAACGAUUAUAACACGGUUUGUUCCUUAAACGAAUGUACCGGUUUUGCACAAGGCAUGUCUAACUAAAGAAGAAGAAAUACAUGUUACAUGUAUGUACUAGCCGCGUAUAUCUAAGUCACAAUAAAUAGUCAAUUGUUUCAUAUAAAGUAUAAAUAAAAUGAAAUGAAAACCAAAUGCAUUCAUCAUUCUUCAUAUCACUAGUAAUAAAUAGAAAAAAACGUUUGCACAUAUUCAGUUUCGUUAACUACAUUUUAUAAAAACAAAAAAUUGUUUUAAAAUAACAUAUUAUAAAGCAAUUGUGAUCUGAAAAUAACGAAAACUAUAUUUAUCAAUUUUCAAUCACAAUCGCUGAAAUCAUAAAAAACCAACAGACCAGCAAUCGCAUGGACAAUGUUAACUUUUCAUUUAGAAAGUUGACUCGAUUAAUUAAAAAAGAACAAUUUAUUCACAUACAAGUUUCAAUACAAUCUGUAUUAUUAUUUAUAUAUCCUACAUUUGGAAUAUGAAACAUGUACAUCUACAGGUAACACGUUUGCGUUCGAUUAUCGGGUGCACGUGGCGCAGAUCUUAAAUAACAUUUUGUUAAAAUUUUAUAAAGUUGGCACAAAAUGAAAUGACAUUUCUAAGGGAAACAAUUACUCUCUUAACACGUACAAAUAGUAACAGGAAAUGGAUAACAUCGAACGAGAAAUAUGUACAAUACAUCUAUUAAAUUUACUAUCUUAAAAAAAUUAU